AUGCCUUCCCUUCCCUCGGCUCCCCUUCCCCACCAGCCCUUCCGCUUCCAAACCCUGCACUCAAUCACCCGUCCCUUUUUGGCGCCUUGCCGCAAAUACGCAGCGCAAAUUCCCUUCUCCCCUUCUCCUUCCCUCGUCUCCCUCUCUUCCCUCCCUUCCCUCGUUUCCCUCUCUUCCCUCCCUUCCCUCGUUUCCCUCUCUUCCCUCCCUUCCCUCGUUUCCCUCUCUUCCCUCCCUUCCCUCGUUUCCCUCUCUUCCCUCCCUUCCCUCGUUUCCCUCUCUUCCCUCCCUUCCCUCGUUUCCCUCUCUUCCCUCCCUUCCCUCGUUUCCCUCUCUUCCCUCCCUUCCCUCGUUUCCCUCUCUUCCCUCCCUUCCCUCGUUUCCCUCUCUUCCCUCCCUUCCCUCGUUUCCCUCUCUUCCCUCCCUUCCCUCGUCUCCCUUUCUUCCCUCCCUUCCCUCGUUUCCCUCUCUUCCCUCCCUUCCCUCGUUUCCCUCUCUUCCCUCGUUUCCCUCCCUUCCCUCGUUUCCCUCUCUUCCCUCCCUUCCCUCGUUUCCCUCUCUUCCCUCCCUUCCCUCGUUUCCCUCUCUUCCCUCCCUUCCCUCGUUUCCCUCUCUUCCCUCCCUUCCCUCGUUUCCCUCUCUUCCCUCCCUUCCCUCGUUUCCCUCUCUUCCCUCCCUUCCCUCGUUUCCCUCUCUUCCCUCCCUUCCCUCGUUUCCCUCUCUUCCCUCCCUUCCCUCGUUUCCCUCUCUUCCCUCCCUUCCCUCGUUUCCCUCUCUUCCCUCCCUUCCCUCGUUUCCCUCUCUUCCCUCCCUUCCCUCGUUUCCCUCUCUUCCCUCCCUUCCCUCGUUUCCCUCUCUUCCCUCCCUUCCCUCGUUUCCCUCUCUUCCCUCCCUUCCCUCGUUUCCCUCUCUUCCCUCCCUUCCCUCGUUUCCCUCUCUUCCCUCCCUUCCCUCGUUUCCCUCUCUUCCCUCCCUUCCCUCGUUUCCCUCUCUUCCCUCCCUUCCCUCGUUUCCCUCUCUUCCCUCUCCCACACUACCGGUAGUUUCAUUCUCGUCACCAACAGCCCUCACAUUACAUCCCUUGAUCAGUUUCUGUGCUUGUGUUGCAGGUGGGGAGCAACAUACCGUAAGUGA